AUGGAGGACGGGGGGAACCCGCUCUCCGGCGACCCCGACGCCGCCGGUGAGUCGGUGGGGCAGGGGAUCCUCAAGGCGCCCUUCGCCCGCGCCCUCGCCGCGAACGCGAGGGGGGGGAACGCGAAGGGCCUGGCCGCGACAACCACGCGGUCGCCGCGGGAGAUCCCCGAUCUGACGUCGGCGCCGAAAAAGGCCGCGACCGAUAACAUUUCGCGCCGAUCGCGAUCCUCGAUCGCCGGGCGGACCUUCAUCCAGGAGAUCCUCGGGCGCUACGGCGGGGACAGCCCGACAACAACGCUCGAGGACGAGGAAGAACGGGAAAGGGGGAAAAUAGAAGGGAACCAUGAAAAAGGUAAAGCAGGGGAAAAGGAAGAGGGGAAGGAGGACUGGUACGCCAGACGCGAUCGGCUGCGCGAGUUAAAACGGCGAGAGGAGGCGAUGUGGGGGUCGUCACGGGUGAUGCAGAGCCUAUUGGCGUGGAACAGUCGAGGGGACGGCGGGGGCCCCCCCGUGGCCUCCGCCUCCACGAACCAGCGCAUAGACGCCUCCGCAGGGGACGAGGGCGGCAAGAAAGAGGCCGCGGCUCGGCCUGCCAUUCCGUCUUUUAUUCCCCUCUACCUCAGCCCCAACGGGAUGACCGGUCCGGAGUCGAGUGCAGGGGGGAAACGGCCGCCACCGUGGGAAAACCGGGACAAUGGGUCGGGAACACGGAGUAGCUCCAUAGAUCUUUCCUCAGGCCUCCCGCGCGGAAAAGCGUUUUUGCAGGCUCAGGCCGAGAAGGAAACAGCCGCUUUGCAUUUUCAUUUCACAGUCGCCUCCGAAGUGGAAGCCAUGAGGGAGUACAUUCGCGCUGCAAUUCUUGAACGUGAAGAACUCGACUGCGAGUGA